ACCGGAAAUAUCUACUUUCGUUUUAAAAGGUCUUUCAGCCACAGGAUUAAAGAUGGCAACAGAAGACCUUUGGAAAGAUUUUAAAGUUAGUCUCCGCAUCAUGACAAAGCACCAAAGUACCAGAAGACGAGUAAGAGACAUCACAGGAGUAUUUGAUUUUACCCAUUCCAUUUCACCUCAAAUUAUGCAGUAUAUUUUGACAAAAGACUGCUGCAAAUUUAAAGACCAUUUGCAAAGCAGAGGUUAUUCUCUAGAGGAAAAUAAGCAUCCAAUAGAAAUUUGUCAUACUUCUGAUAAAAACUCCGUGGAAAAUCUUGAAGAAUGUGGUGAUGAAUUAUGUGAUGUUAUUUCUCAUUUUACUAUUGAUUAUGACGUCAGAACAAUUGUUUUUCCACCUGACAUGGAUUUUUCGUCAAUUGAUGACACCUUGUCUUCAAGCCAACUUAUUUAUACAUGGAAUGAAAAGAAGAAUCUUUUAUUUAUAUACGGGGAAUAUAUCCAUGUGGAAAACGUAUACAAAGAAAUGCAAAAGAAGAAUGAGGGUUUAUGGACAUAUCCACAAAAUGCGGACAUAUCCCUUUACAAUGAAGAUGAAAAGAACGUUUACAUAGUCGUAUCUACAGAGGUAAAAAGUCAUAUUGCCAAAAUGUCUUCUCUGACAAUCAAUGUACUGCCAUAUGUUUGUCACCGCAGACCUCUGUUAUGGACAUUAUCGGCCGACGUUGUGCAGUCAUCGAUGAAGGAUACUAAUAAAAUGAAGGGACAGUUAGAUCAACCAACAAUUGGAGAGCUUGAAAUAACUUGUCUCUCUGUUUUGAAUUCAUUUAUCUCUUUCACCAGUAGAUAUAUCUGCAGAUCUCUGCAGGUGCCAACAGAAAUUCAGCAAGACGUGAAAACAAAGCUGACGGGAUUAGAAGACCUGUCAAUUGUAUGGGAUGAAGAUGGAAAUAUCCUCUGGGUAUCUUCUACAAAAGACAAAUUUCAGUUUGGAUUUGAAAAAGUCAUGAAAGUUAUCCAGGAAUCAAAGUUUAAUUUUGAAUGUGCUCAAGCGCCAGUCAUUAAAAAGGAAGAACAGGAAGACCAGGAGAUAGAAAAUGCAACAUUGAUUCCAUCGAAUGGCAGUAAGACCAGUAAAUGUGGUUUUCCAUCUCCACUGCCUUCCAAACUGAAUAUCGACACAACCACAGAAAUUAAUGGAAUCACGGAGGACUCCUUUCGAGCAAUGUCACAAUGGUUUGGUAAGGAGGAAAAAUGGAUUGCCCUUCAGCCAGUGUGGAAUAAAGAUAAAGUGCUCAUUAAAACGACCCUUGCGGGGGAUAGAGAAUACUUUAAAGAAAAACUGAAACAAAUAUCUGCAAUAAAGGAACUUGUACACAAAUCCGAAUCACAUGUUGGCAAACCAACUCACAGGCAUAACCGAUUUCAAAAUUAUGAAGACAUACAUGUAGGCGACUUAGAACUGACUACUAACGAGGGAAUCAUUUUGAAAGUGUACUGUGCUAACAUUGUAACAUUGGAAGUGGAUUGUAUUGUAAACGCUGGUAAUGAAAACCUAAUGCAUGGUGCUGGCGUAUCUUUAAUGAUAUCAAAUGCCGCAGGACUUGAUUUUGACAGAGAAUGUGAAUCCUAUGUAAAGAAAAAUGGACCUCUGAAAACAGGUGCAUGUUGCACUACAAUAUCAGGUAAACUAAGUCGUUACAAGUUUGUAAUUCACACAGCUGGUCCACGGUGGGGUGAUUUCAGAUUCAAAGAAAAAUGUCGAGAAAUUCUGAGACAGUCAAUUUAUGGAUGUCUGCAAGAAGCUACAUAUAGACAUGUAAAGUCAAUUGCUUUCCCGCCAGUCAGUACAGGAAAAUUCGGAAUUCCAACAGAUAUUUGUGCGGAGGAAUACUUGUCAGCUGUUUUAGAAUUCAGUGCACAUUACGGAUAUCAAACUGAAUUAAAAGAAAUACAUUUCAUCGACCUAAAUACGGACUUAAUAAAAUGCAUACAACAUGUGUUUAGAAAUGGAAUAGGAGAGUCUGAACAAACACAGAGGUCUACAAAGAUGAAGUCGACGCAUACAAUUAUCGUGUAUGGUGCAAGUAGAAGGACAACUGUUGACACACUUGAAUUUUAUUUUGACAACGCACGGAGAUCAGGAGGGGGUGGUGUUACAAAUGUUAUGAUGGACAAAGACAACAAAAUAUUUUAUGUCUCUUUUAAUAACGAAGAAGCCGUGAAAAGAGUCUUACAACGGCGACACACAAUAGAUGGGGCGGAUCUUGACGUAAAGCUCUCUGUAAAUCCGGAAGCUGAUAUCUCUCCAAACCUGAAAGGCUUGUCGGUGAAGAUAUAUACUGAAAGCAUCAUGAGAGCAAAAGUAGAAUGUAUAGUGAAUUCUGCGAAUGAAAAUUUAAUGCAUGGAGGUGGAGUAGCAUCUGCAAUUUCAGAGGCUGCUGGCUAUGAAUUUGAUCAGGAAAGUUCUGAUUAUGUUAAAAAGAAUGGCCCUUUGGCUGUUGGAAAGUGCUGCGUAACAACCGCCGGUAAACUUCCAUACAAAUGUGUCAUACAUACGGUUGGUCCAAGAUGGCAUGAUUACCAAUCAGACGAGAAGGCUCUCUGCCUUGCUGGCCUCCAGGAGGCUGUAGAAGUCAGUUUUAGAGAGGCCGAUAAACUUGCUAUGAAGUCUAUUGCAUUGCCGGCGAUCAGUUCAGGUAUUUUCGGUGUUCCCAGAGAGAAAUGUGCAGAAUGUUAUUACAAGGCAGUUUGUGAGUUUGCUGCUUCAUACCCUCGUCAAAGUCUGCAAGAAAUUCAUUUUGUUGACAGAGAUUCAACAAUGAUAGCUGAAAUUCAGAAUGCUUUUAAAGACUUUAAAAAUGCUUCGAAAUGAAAAUGCACUCAUUUUUUAUGAUCAUCUGAAUAUGCAUUGCUUAUAUCACACUUGCCUUUUUCCUGACUACUAACAUACAGUUUAUAUGUUUACAAAACAAUAUAGCAAUGAGUGUAUUGUAAUUUUUCUGGCUUUUUAGUAAACAGUUAAGAUAAAACCUAUAUAUAUA